AUGAACUCAACCGAAAAUAUUCCGAUUGAUCAAUCUAUUUGUUCCCUGUACGAAGGAUUUGUGGAAUUGGAGGAACUAGUUAGCUGUGAUAAUGAACUCAUUUGGAAAGAACGAGCGCGGUGGAUUAAGCUCGAAGAAGACGUAGAUGAAUGUGCCGAGCGAUGGGGGAAGCCUCAUGUUCCGUGUUUGACAUAUCGGAGCCUAAGGGAGGUUGAAACGAAUCUACAAAAUGGAGUGUGUUUGUUGGAUCUCAAUAGAGAUACUCUACCUUCCAUUUGUGAUGCAAUUAUUGGUGAAGUCAAGGCGCAGAAAAAGUUGGAAGAUGAAGAAUGUCUCGUAGUGAAAACUCUUCUAAUGACAAGACAUGAACAUCACCACCAGCAUAAAGGUGGAAAACGAGUUAAGAACUUCGCCAGGCGCCUGUCACGGAUCACGCCUAAUGGACAGCGCUCCAGGACGCAUUGUAAUUCACAUUCUCACUCACCAAAUGUUUCGGAAGAUGUCCACAGUUCAGGAGAAAGAUACGAGGAUUGGCACCAAGCUAAGACGCAGCCAAAUCCUAAACGAAACGUGUCAAAUGAUUUUCCAGCAGACGUAGCAGUGAGUUUCAGCCAUGAUCCUGUAGAGGAGUUCGUCGAUCAGUUUGAGGAUCACAAAGAAAAGUCAGAUUUGAGAGGGAAACUUCCGACAAAUUCUCAAGCAACCACUGUUUUGGUUGGGGCUCAUAAUAGCUUGACUUGUACCGUCAGUGCUUUUGUCAGACUCGCCACCGGUUGUGAACUGGGUAACUUAGCUGAAGUACAGAUUCCUAUAAGGUUUAUGUUUAUACUGUUGGGACCUGAAGAUGACGGGAUUGGUUAUCAUGAGGUCGGGCGUUCUUUUGCAACUCUUAUGGCAGAUAAACUCUUCCUGCAAUCUGCUUAUAUGGCGAAGCGUCAACAGGAUCUCCUUGAUUCUCUAUUCAGCUUUAUGGGAGACAGCCUUAUAAUUCCUCCAGGAGAUUGGGAUCGAAAUCUUCUGAAUCAAACAGUACCAAUCUUAGCCACUCAGGCUAAGGAAUUAGCCUUUAGGAGACGAAGAGGAGGAAUUCAAAGCAAGGACAAACCAAACAACGAAACAAUUGGCGAGGUUAUUCAAGAAAAUGAAGUGUGUGAUGACCCUUUGUCUAGGACGGGAAAAUUUUGUGGUGGACUUAUACGAGAUUUCAAAAGGCGACUUCCUUUCUACCCGAGUGAUUUCAAAGAUGCUUUGGACGUACAUUGUCUACCGACAAUUAUCUUUGUGUACUUCGCUUGCCUUGCUCCUGCAAUCACCUUCGGCGGUUUGUUGAGUGAGAAAACCAAUGCAUGGAUGGGAGUUUCAGAGAUGAUAUUUGCAACAGCAUUAUCAGGAGUUCUAUUUGGCCUCUUUGCAGGACAGCCAUUGAUCAUAACAGGGGCUACGGGUCCAUUACUUGUGUUCGAGAAAAGCGUAUUUCAGUUAAGCGAGCGAUUUGAGGUGGAAUUCCUCCCUUGGCGAGCUUGGGUUGGAAUAUGGGUGAUGGUGAUAUGUUUUAUCAUUGUUGCAGUUGAAGGAUGUUUUCUCAUCAAAUAUUUUACACGUUUUACAGAAGAAAUAUUCGCCCUAAUGAUAUCUAUCAUUUUUCUUUAUGAUGCGUUUAAUUAUGUUGGACAUGUCUUUGAUAUGUAUCCCUUGAAUGCAGACAUCGCGACUUAUCUGUUGGUUCCAUCAAAUUCGACUAAUCACAGGGAAGGAAACCCUACAGAAUAUCAGUCAACAGCAAAUACAGCUCUGCUCACCACCGUUUUAAUGCUGGGAACCUUCUUUGUCGCUUACUCUUUGAGAAAGUUACGUCACAGUCAUUUCUUCGGACCCAGAGCUCGUCGCAUAGUCAGUGAUUUUGGAGUUUUCAUUGCUAUUGUUUCCAUGGUGACAGUUGGUUGGUUGACAAAGGGUGUGUACACACAAAAACUGUCAGUUCCGGAUGGUUUUUCUGUGCCCUCACCAAACAGAAACAGCUGGCUUAUUAACCCCAUGGGAGAACAACAACAUAUCAGUGCCGGCGCCAUUUUUGGAGCUUUCAUUCCCGCAGUUCUUGUCAGUAUCUUGAUUUUCAUGGAAAUUGAAUUCACCGGUAUUAUUCUAGACAAAAAAGAACACAAAUUGAAAAAAGGCGUGGGUUACAACCUGGAUCUCUUCGUCCUUGGACUGUUAGUGGGUCUUUGCUCAGUUCUGGGCCUUCCAUGGAUGUGUGCCACCCCUGUUCAUACAUUGUCUCACUUUCAUUCCCUGACAGUGCUCAGUACUAACAAUGCCCCGGGGGAACAUCCUCAUUUGGUACAAGUCAAAGAACAACGUCUCACCAACAUUGUGAUUCACCUUCUGAUCGGGUUCACUGUUCUUCUUUCGCCAGUGAUGCGUCUUAUUCCUAUCGCUGUUCUGUUUGGAGUGUUUAUUUUCCUGGGCGUGUCAUCAUUAUCACACAUUCAGCUGGUCGAGCGAAUCAAGUUACUUUUCAUCCCUGCUUCUCACCAUCCUGUUGAAAAAUUCGUGAUGAAUGUGAAAACGAGAAAAAUGCACCUGUUCACUAUUGUGCAAGUGUGUUGUGUAUGCGCGCUUGUGGCCAUGAAGCUCACUGUUGUUGCCCCAGCAUUUCCUUUCUUUAUUAUCUGCAUGAUACCUCUUCGUAAGCUUCUAGAGCGGUUUUUCACCAGUGUAGAGCUAGAGGCGUUAGAUACUGAAGUUGAGGAUGUCUAUGACAGUGACAUGGAUGAAUAUGACUCUAUACAUUUUCCUUUCUAA